AUGCCGCGCUCCUUCCUGGUGGACUCGCUGGUGCUGCGCGAGGCGGGCGACAAGAAGGGGCAGGGCGAGGGCAGCACCCCGCCGCCGCCGCCGCUCUUCCCCUACGCCGUGCACCCCGCGCACCCGCUGGCCGCGCUGCCCGCCGCGCCCUGCCACGCGCGCAAGGCCGGGCUGCUGUGCGUGUGCCCGCUCUGCGUAGCCGCUUCGCAGCUGCACCCGCCGCCGCCCGCGCUGCCGCUGCUCAAGGCCUCCUUCCCGCCCUUCGGCUCGCAGUACUGCCCCGCGCCGCUCGGCCGCCAGCAGCACCCGGCCCACGCGCCCGCGCUCUACCAGGGCGCCUACCCGCUGCCGGACCCGCGCCAGUUCCACUGCCUCUCCGUGGACAGUCCGGCCAGCCAGCUGCCCAGCAGCAAGCGGAUGCGCACGGCCUUCACCAGCACGCAGCUGCUGGAGCUGGAGCGGGAGUUCGCCUCCAACAUGUACCUGUCCCGCCUGCGCCGCAUCGAGAUCGCCACCUACCUGAACCUGUCCGAGAAGCAGGUGAAGAUCUGGUUCCAGAACCGCCGCGUCAAGCACAAGAAGGAAGGCAAGAGCGGCGCGCACCGAGGGGGCGGCUCGGGCCACGGCUGCAAAUGCGCCUCGCUGGCCAGCACCAAGUGCUCGGAGGAGGACGAGGACUUGCCCAUGUCGCCCUCCUCGUCGGGGAAGGACGAUCGCGACCUGGCGGUCACCCCCUAGCCGCCCGCCCGCUCGGAAAGGACGUUUCUAGCCCCCCCCUCCCGCCCCCGGGGCCGCCUGUGCCCGCUCCCG